AGGAAUAUAAUUUAGCCUAAUUAGAUUAGAUCAAAUUAAACCGUUAUAUAAGCUAGCGUUAAUAUGUAUAUUACCAGUUUUAAAGAAAUUUGUUUCAUGUGAUCUUUACAAUUAACUUUUAACGUAAUACCACGACAGAGCUAGGGCUAACGUUAAAUGGAAUACAAUUGCGGCAGGGGUUUAGCUUGCCAUGUUUCUAGUGCAGCAUGAAUCGCAAAGAAACACAUUUAUGAAGCAGUGAGGCUCUCAGGAUUGGUCCGAGGCGGCUGCUCCUCUUCUCCUUAAGGUGAACUCUUUAACUGAACCUGGACCGUCUGGAUUCACCAGGAUUUUACCCACUCUCUCACCCUUUUUUUGGACUUUAGGAUCGCCCCACCUAUUAUGCUCCUCAAUGGAUGAAAGUGGUUUUUUGCUUAGCGUGCGUGAUGAGGACCAGUCCUUUCAUGUCCGUUACAGAAUGGAAGCCUCAUGUCUGGAACUGGCCCUGGAGGGAGAGAGGCUGUGCAAGGUGGGCGAUUACCGCGCUGGUGUCUCCUUCUUCGAAGCAGCCAUUCAGGUGGGGACUGAAGACCUUCAGAUCCUCAGCGCUAUCUACAGUCAGCUGGGGAACGCCUACUUCCAUCUCCACGACUAUGCCAACGCCCUGGAGUACCACCAUCACGACUUGACCCUAACUAGAGCUAUUGGAGAUCAGCUUGGUGAAGCGAAAGCAAGUGGUAACCUUGGAAACACAUUGAAAGUUUUAGGGCAGUUUGAUGAAGCUGCAGCUUGCUGUCAGAGACACCUGGACAUUUCCAGGGACCUUAAAGAUAAGGUUGGACAGGCAAGAGCGUUUUAUAACUUUGGGAAUGUGUACCAUGCCAAGGGGAAGAGUAUAUGCUGGAGUGGGACUGACCCGGGCGAGUUUCCAGAGGAGGCCAUGGCAGCACUGCGGAAAGCAGCCGAAUUCUAUGAGGCUAAUUUGUUGAUUGUGAAGGAGCUCCGGGACCGCGCGGCCCAAGGUCGGACAUACGGUAACCUUGGAAACACACACUACCUGCUGGGAAACUUCCGGAGUGCUGUGGUAGCUCAUGAGCAGCGCCUCCUGAUUGCAAAGGAGUUUGGUGACAGAUCAGCAGAGAGGAGGGCGUAUUGUAACCUUGGGAAUGCAUACAUCUUCCUUGGAGAAUUUGAAGUGGCAGCUGAACAUUACAAGAGAACUCUGCUGCUGGCUCGACAGCUCAGGGAUCGGGCGGUGGAAGCCCAGGCCUGCUACAGCCUGGGGAACACCUACACCCUGCUGCAGGACUACGAGAGGGCCAUCGACUACCACCUCAAACACCUCAUCAUCGCGCAAGACCUCAACGACAGGAUUGGAGAGGGAAGAGCCUGCUGGAGUUUAGGGAAUGCCCACACAGCCCUCGGGAACCAUGACCAGGCCAUGCACUUUGCAGAGAAACAUCUGGAAAUCUCCAGAGAGAUUGGAGACCAAAAUGGCGAGCUGACUGCCAGAAUGAACGUGUCAGACCUACAGAUGCUGCUGGGUUUAAACUGCAGCACCAAGAACUCUUCUGCACCUGAGAACCAGGACAUUGACUACAACCAUCACGGAGCAAGACCCAGAAUGGAAAGGAGACACAGCAUGGAGAACAUGGAGCUGGUGAAACUGAGCCCGGACAAGGGUCAGAACUGGAACAAUGACAUCCUCACCAAGCAGCCCAAAUCGUCUCUGGCCAAGACGUCCUCCAAGCUUUUUUUCAUCAACCGUUUAAGGGGCAAGAAGAACAAGAGCAGUGACCCCUCUAGGAACGUUGUGCAGGAUACCAGCAGCACCCUGGCUGUGCCUGAGGUGGAGGAGCCCAAGGAGAGAGACAGCCCCGACAUGCUGGGAGAUGAGGGCUUUUUCGACCUCCUCAGUCGUUUCCAGAGCAACCGCAUGGAUGACCAGAGGUGCUCUAUACAGGAGAGCAGGGGUGCACUGUCUGUGCCCUCCAGUCCGCCCUCCCCCCCGGCCCGAGCCAUUCCCAAGUCCCGGUCGGAGAACGACGCCACCCCGCACAACCGGCAGCUCCUGGACAUGGUGGCCACCUCGCAGAGCCGCCGUCUGGAUGACCAGCGGGCCAGCGCCGGCAACCUGCCGGGCCUGCGGCUUAGCCAGCACAACGGCCAGUCCGUCCUCAGCCACCUGAUGGCUAGUGCCGACGGCAGGGAGCCCGACGACGACUUCUUCGACAUGCUCGUCAAGUGCCAGGGCUCCAGGCUGGAUGACCAGCGGUGCGCCGCGCCCCCUCCUGCCACCAAGGGCCCCACAGUCCCGGACGAGGACUUCUUCAGCCUCAUCCUGCGCUCUCAGGCCAAGCGUAUGGACGAGCAGCGGGUGCCCCCACCCUCCGACCCCGGCCUGCCAAACCCCGACUGAACUCUCCUGCUCCAGAGGGACCCCUCAGGCAGCAGUGCGGCUCUCUGUAGCACCGCAGACUUUACGGUCUGCUUCCCAGGAGACCUUACGCUGCUAAACUGUCUGUUAUGAAGUGAACAGACCACGGGCAGCCCCGCGCAACGGACUAAACUCUUCCGACACACUGCAGGGAUUCUCUGGUGAAUUUUUUUUUUUUAUGACUGCACAGCAGUCGUUUACGGUAAAACUUAUACAGCGUAGCAAGCUCAUGUUUACUGCCAUUACACUUCCCUUCUGUCAGUGAGGACAGGUGAAGACUUGGACUUUUUUUUUUUUUUUUUUUUUAUAUAUAUUUUUUUUUAUAUCUGUAUGUCCAGAAAUGUUGGGAAGUGCAGGAUAGGGGAAAAAAAACAAAAAAAAACUUCCAAAUAUCCAGAAGAUUUUUCAGUGCAGACGAUAGAGGAAUAAAACCUAAUUUCAAAAAUGUACAGUUUUAAUGUCCUUAAUUAUGUCCCAGUGCACAAAGUUUAUAAAUUGACAGUGGAAAAACACACAAACAAAAUGAACAUACAUCCUAACAAACCUGAUGAAACAAAAAGAGAAAAUAAGUCAUUCUGAAACCAAACCUUUUCUUUGCGAUCCCAAACUUAACAUUACAAGUCAUUUGACUGAUGCUUUUAUCGAAACUGACUUAUAGUUGAUUAGACUAAGCAGGAGGCAGUCCUCCCCUGGAGCAAUGCAGGGUGAAGGGCCUUGCUCAAGGGCCCAACGGCUGUGCGGAUCUUAUUGUGGUUACACCGGGGAUCGAACCACCGACCUUGCGGGUCCCAGUCACGU